CAGGAUUGCACGGAACAAACUCAAGGCUGGAGCUCAGCUUCCCAACCAUUUCCCUCGUCCGCCGCAUAUUCUCCUGACUUCCACCUUCCAAGCCACACCCCAGCCAUCUCCUUUCCUCCACCGCCUCCACCUUUCAAGGUCAGCCCCUUGAUACCACCAGCACACCCAGCUGGUAGCGAUCGGCAUUGAGCAGCUGCUGACCGUCGCUGCCCGCCAUGGCUCGAGGAAAGGCGGCUCACCUCAUCCUGUCCCGCGGCCACCUGCUCUUCCCGCAGGCCCGCCAUGCGGCCGCCGCGGCAUGCAGGCUGGACGCGCUGGUCCCCGCAGCAUCAGCAGCGCGCGGCAGCGGCAGCGGGCGGGCGUUCAGCUCCAGCUCCGCUCCGCCGGCGGACGGCGAGGCGGCGAAGCAGGAGCUGACGCCCGUGCAGGCGGAGUGGGCGAAGCGCGCGUCCAAGGAGAUUAAGGGCGGCGACCCCUUCGACGAGCUCAAGACGCUCUCGCCCGAGGGCAUCUGGAUCAAGCCCGUGUACUCGUACUCGGACGUGCCCGAGGAGUCCAAGAGCGAGAUGCCGGGCGUCUUCCCCUUCUCGCGCGGCCCCUACGCCACCAUGUACACGCAGCGCCCCUGGACCAUCCGCCAGUACGCCGGCUUCAGUACGGCGGAGGAGUCGAACGCGUUCUACCGGCGCAAUCUGGCGGCGGGGCAGAAGGGGCUGUCGGUGGCCUUCGAUCUCGCCACGCACCGCGGGUACGACUCGGACCAUCCGCGCGUGGUGGGCGACGUGGGCAUGGCGGGCGUGGCGGUGGACAGCGUGGAGGACAUGAAGGUGCUGUUCGGCGGCAUCCCGCUGGACAAGAUGUCGGUCUCCAUGACCAUGAACGGCGCCGUGCUGCCCGUCAUGGCCUUCUUCAUCGUCGCCGCGCAGGAGCAGGGCGUGGACCUGGCGAAGGUGGCGGGGACGAUUCAGAACGACAUCCUCAAGGAGUACAUGGUGCGCAACACGUACAUCUACCCGCCCGCGCCGUCCAUGCGCGUGGUGGGCGACAUCAUGGCGUACACCAGCCGCCUCAUGCCCAAGUUCAACUCCAUCUCCAUCUCCGGCUACCACAUGCAGGAGGCCGGCGCCGACUGCGCGGUGGAGAUGGCGUUCACGAUAGCGGACGGGCUGGAGUACAUCCGGUGCGGCAUGCAGGCGGGCGUGGGCGUGGACGAGCUGGCGCCGCGCUUCUCCUUCUUCUGGGCCAUCGGCAUGAACUUCUACAUGGAGAUCGCCAAGAUGCGCGCAGCCCGGCGCGUGUGGGCCAAGCUGGUCAAGGAGAAGUUCAACCCCAAGAACUCCAAGUCGCUCGUUCUCAGAACGCACAGCCAGACGUCGGGGUACUCGCUGACGGAGCAGGACCCGUACAACAACGUCAUCCGCACCACCAUCGAGGCCAUGGCCGCCGUGCUGGGCGGCACGCAGUCCCUGCACACCAACGCGUUCGACGAGGCCCUGGCGCUGCCCUCUGAGAUGAGCGCGCGCAUCGCGCGCAACACGCAGCUGAUCCUGCAGGAGGAGGCGGGCAUCACGGCCGUGGCGGACCCGUGGGGCGGGUCGUUCAUGAUGGAGGCGCUGACCGCGGACCUGGAGAAGACAGCGCUGGCCAUCAUCGAGGAGGUGGAGGCCGCGGGCGGCAUGACCAAAGCCAUCAUGUCCGGCAUGCCCAAGCGCAAGAUCGAGGAGUGCUCCGCGCGCAAGCAGGCGCGGGUGGACAGCGGCAAGGACGUGGUGGUGGGGGUGAACAAGUACCGUCUCAAGGAGGAGGAGGGCGUGGAGCUGCGCCACAUCGACAACGCCGCCGUGCUCAAGAGCCAGGUCAAGCGCCUCGGCGAGCUCAGGGCAUCCCGAGACAAUGAAAAAGUGAAGGAGGCCCUGGCAGCGCUGACCGCGGCGGCCAAGAGCACGGAGCGUGGCGAGGGGUGCAACCUGCUGGCGCUGGCAGUGGAGGCAGCGCGCGCGCGGUGCACACUGGGGGAGAUCAGCGACGCACUCGAGGCGGAGUGGGGCCGCCACGUGGCGGACUCCACCGUUGCCACGGGUGCCUACAGGGGCGAGUACGGGCGCGCCACGGGUGGGCAGGAGACGGAGGAGCUGGCGCAGGUGAAGGCUCAGGUGGAGGCGUUUGAGAAGCGCACGGGACGGCGGCCGCGCGUGCUGAUCGCCAAGAUGGGGCAGGACGGGCACGACCGCGGCGCCAAGGUGGUGGCCACGGGCCUGGCGGACCUGGGGUUCGACAUCGACAUCGGCCCACUCUUCCAGACGCCCGCUGAGGUGGCGCGGCACGCGAUGGAGGCGGACGUGCACGUGGUGGGCGUGAGCUCGCAGGCGGCGGGUCACAAGACGCUGGUGCCGCAGCUGCUGGAGGAGCUGAGGGCGCAGGGCAUGCAGCGCGUGCUGGUCAUUGCAGGGGGCGUCAUCCCGCCCGACGACUACGAGUUCCUGUUCGACAAGGGCGUGGGCGCCAUCUUCGGCCCCGGCACGCGCAUCCCCAAGUGCGCCCUCGAGAUCCUCUCCAAGAUCAACCCAGAGGCGUAGAGGCGUAGAGGCGUAGAGGAGAGGGCAUCAGAGUGGAGUGCGUAGGGGGAAGCAUCUGAGCUCGUUUUAUUCAGCCGAUUUUGCUUUGCACUACCUACUCGGAAUUGCUUGUGCUGGAUGCUGCUUGCUUGCGGUGCGUUGAUUGCAUUGCAAUACCAGUUACCGUAUUGUAUUGAAUGAGGUGUACGAUAAUCGCAUGAGUUGUAAAACAUUUUGCGAUGGGGCAC